AUGGGAAAUGUUGCUACCCGAAAACGCCAGCAAAAUGAUAGUGACGAUGAGCCGGCAAAAAAGCGAAGAAAGCUUUUUGAGGAGGAGCCGCAUUAUCAGAAAGUUCGCGUCAAGGCAAAACUCGGAGUUCUUCGCCGCUGCCGACAGACGAAACGGCAAAGCUACAAUGUAGAGCCGGUUGAUAGCCGCCCACCUCUUCCCAAAUAUGUUUUUGACGACAAUUAUCGAACACUGGAGAAAAAAGAGAAUUCCGAUGUUCCUUGGUUCGAUCAGCUCUUCCUUCCCGAGUUUCCUACACAUACCGCGGUCUCUGAGGACAGUUUUGUGCUGGAACAUCAACUUGGUCGUGGUUCAUUUGGUGUAGUUUAUUGUGCCAGUGCACUUCACGAUGCCACACGAAAAUUCGCCAUCAAGAUGCAGGAGAAGCGGGAGAUUAUUUCGAAACGAGCUGUUCAGCAGGUUAAACGAGAAGCUAGUAUUCAGCGUCUUCUCUCUGCUCACCCAUUUGUCGCUCGAACCUACACCACGUGGCAAAGUCGAUCUCACCUGUUCUCCCUUUUACAGUACCUGCCAGGUAGUAUUGGCGAUCUGUUCAAUGUGUGGCGACAAAGAGGCUCAUUAAGCGAAGCGGCGAUUAGGUUGAUCGGCGCCGAACUCGCUUGCGCUAUUGAUUUCCUGCAUAGAAAUAAUGUGAUAUAUCGCGAUGUGAAGCUUGAAAAUGUGGUGCUUGACCAAAAUGGGCAUGUUUUAUUGAUAGAUUUUGGAUUGGCAAAAAAGCUUCCCAAUGGAGCAUCGACGAGCACGAUUUGUGGAACUUUGCAGUACAUGUCGCCCGAUGUCGCUUCGGGACACCCAUAUGGUCAUUAUGUGGAUUGGUGGUCCCUUGGUGUGCUUCUCCAUAUUUUGCUUACCGGAAUUUACCCAUAUCCGAAUUCGGAAGUGACACAUCAUAAAGAUUUAAAGUUUAUUGAUUACAGUACACCAUUAGGAUGUUCUAGAGAGUUUGCCAAUUUGAUGGAUAGGAUGCUCGCUGUUUCUACCCAUCAUCGUUUGUGCUCAUUCACUGUACUUCAUGCUCAUCCAUUCUUCGGUGACAUUGAUUUCGAAAAGCUUGAGCAGAAAGGCUACACGCCAAUCGCAGAAAUGGUGAGCGGCGAGUACGACGAGUCGCUAACCUAUCAGAAAAUAAACGACGAACUUGAUGAUUCUCUCUUCAAAGAGAAUUACGAUUUUGAUCGUUUCGAUUACUUCAACGAUCGAUUCUAA